AAGAAAAAGGUCUAUUUUCGAAAAUUGAUCGCCGCUAAGACCUGAUUAACCAUUCUCAGAAUUUCGAACAAAAAGAGAGAGAGAAACGAAGAGGAACGGAGAGAAAUGGAGAGGAGGCAGAGGCAGAGAGAGAGGAGAUUCGGAUACCUGUUGGCGGGUCUUCUUCUGGUGAGCCUAAUCGCCGGAAUCGAUUCCAUUUCAGUCACCGUGAACGAGAUUGAAUGCGUCUACGAGUACGUAUUGUACGAAGGCGACACCGUUUCAGGAAAUUUCGUGGUGGUCGAUCAUGACAUUUUCUGGGGCGCCGAUCACCCCGGCAUCGACUUUACUGUUACAUCCCCCGCAGGUAAUGUGGUACACUCUUUGAAGGAGACAUCUGGUGACAAGUUUGAGUUUAAGGCUCCUCGCAGUGGAAUGUAUAAAUUUUGUUUUCACAAUCCCUACUCGACUCCGGAGACCGUUUCUUUCCACAUACAUGUUGGUCAUAUUCCAAACGAACAUGACCUUGCCAAGGAUGAACACCUAGACCCAAUAAAUGUUAAAAUUGCCGAGCUUAGAGAGGCAUUGGAGUCGGUCACUGCCGAGCAGAAAUAUUUGAAAGCACGUGAUACACGCCACCGUCACACAAAUGAGAGUACAAGAAAGCGUGUAAUUUUCUACACAGUGGGAGAGUAUUUGUUGCUUGCUGUUGUAAGUGGCCUUCAGGUCAUUUACAUCCGUCGGCUCUUCAGCAAGUCGGUUGGAUAUAACCGGGUGUGAGCAUCCUAGUCUCUUAACAUUGUUGUCUGUUUGUUAGAUUUCAGGAACCUUAGAAAUGAAUUAUAGACAAUCAUAUGUUGAAAAAGUUACAUUGGUAUAUUAUAUAAUCUUCACUUUUUUGACUAUGCUACAGCUUUUAAUUUUAAUAAGUUGGGUUCUUUGUUA